UCUCUGUUUUCUCUAUCCAUUUUCGUUUCUUAAAUUCUCUCCAACUCCCCAUCUUAUAUCACUCCCUCCCUCUCCUUCUCCUCCUCAUUUUCUCACUACAAUAUAUCUUCCAAAUCAAUAUUUAAUCGAGUCGAGUCGAGUCGAGCCGAAAAACAUUCCUAAAUAUAGAGUUAUUGUAAUAAGAAGAAUGACGAUGGGUAACAACGUCGGACCAUUUGGUGAUACGACACUGACCAAAGUGUUCGUCGGCGGAUUAGCAUGGGAAACUCCAAAGGAAGCAAUGAGAGAUCAUUUCGAAAAAUACGGUGACAUUUUGGAGGCUGUUAUUAUUUCUGAUAAACUCACUGGUCGAUCCAAAGGCUAUGGAUUUGUGACGUUUAAGGAAGCUGAAGCAGCUAAAAAGGCUUGUGAAGAUGCAUCACCUAUUAUCAAUGGCCGGAGAGCUAACUGUAAUCUCGCUUCACUUGGUGCUCGCCGCCCUAGGUCCGCCACGCCGGCGGUUACUCCUCCUCCUCCACCACCUCAGGCUCAACAUGGAUCGAACACUGGGCAAAGAGCAGCAGCUCCAGCAAAUCAUGUGCAGUGGUAUUAUCCGGCUAGCUCACAGGCAUCGCCGUACCAUCAUCAUCACCACCACCAUCAGCCCGUUCCGUAUUACGGGUAUACCCCAACUUAUGUUGCUACUGAUAUCAGUUACAAUCAUAAGAUGAGUUAUACAGGAGGGUCCUACAUGAACGGGCAUUUCUCUCAGGUAUACCCAGGGCAGACUAUUAUGGGUGCGAACACACUGAUGCCAGUGUACCCUCUUUAUCACUACCAUCAAUCUCAUACGAUGGGCCACCCAGCCCAUAUCUACCCUCCAUCAACAGCCGCUCAGAUCCCGACCAUCAUGUCCAAACCUCCAUCAAUGGCUGCUUCUAACCCAGUUUGUUUGGCUGUUGAAUAGGUACAGUUGGCAAGCUUUAAAAAGGAUGGAUAAAACCAAUAAAAGGAACAAGAAAGCAAAAACAUAGUUGGCAAAUGGAAGAAAAGCUGCUGCACAACAACAUUAUUUUCUUAUCUGUUGUCUCUUUUUUUCCAAUUUAUUAUUAAUUUUAAUUUUAAUUUAAUAAUUCUUUUCAUAAAUUAUUAAUAAUUUAGGUGUUUCAUCAGAUUCUUUUAUUUACAUUAUCUAUCUUAUCUCUAACAUCUCAGCUUGAGCUGUGAAUUAUUAGAAAAAAAGACAAAAAAGAAUUAAUUAUUUAUUUGUAACUGAGAAAUCAGUGUACUCUAAUGUAUGUUUGCCCAUUUCUUAUGGGUGGCUUUUUAUGGUAUAUCAACCAACUUUGCCUGCCUGUUUAUUCA